CUCUGAUCUAUACCCUUUUUUAAUUUAUUUUCGUUUUCUCUCUCGAUUCAGCUAAGCUUUGAUUCAAUCUCUUUCUCAAUUUUCAAAAUCAUCUUCUCUUUCGCUUGUUGACUUUUUUUAGAUCUAAGGAAUGAAUCUAUGAGCUGCUCAAUUCUGUUUCGUCGGAUUCGAAUUGUACACUCUUUCUCCGUCGUUUACCUUUACUACUCUUACGUUUUCUCUUGAACUACUAAUCUUUCUCCGAUCUGAUUUUGAUUUAACCAAUUCUUUGAUAAAUUAGAGGAAAAUAUAUUAUUAUUACAUUGUUUAAAAUUUUGAAAAAGUCAAUGGGGUCGUUACAAAGACAGACAAGUCCUGAUUCCGACAACAACUACGCUUCGGUCACAGAUGAAAAAAAGAGGAAGAGAAUGAUCUCCAACAGAGAGUCUGCACGGAGAUCGAGGAUGAGGAAACAGAAGCAACUCGGUGAUCUGAUUAAUGAAGUGACUGUUCUGAAGAAUGAUAACGCGAAGAUCACUGAGCAGGUUGAUGCGGUUACGAGGAAGUACGUGGAGAUGGAGUCGAGAAACGAUGUGCUGAGAGCACAAGCUGUGGAGUUGACGGAGAGGUUGAGAUCGUUGAACUCUGUGCUUGAGAUGGUUGAAGAGAUUAGUGGUCAGGCUUUGGAUAUUCCAGAGAUUAAUCCUUGGCAGGUUUCUUGUCCGAUGCAACCCAUUAGGGCUUCUGCUGAUAUGUUUGAUUGCUGA